AUGGGUUGGUUCCCAACAACCCGCGACGAAGACAACGGCUGGCGCUUCGACAUCACAGUGCUCAAGACCGAUCGGCCCUCGCGCCUCCCCUCCAUCAAAGACGUCGUCAUCGUGGGCGUCCACUCCGGCACGCACCUCACCGAGCUGAACUUCUUCGCGGACGUCAUCCACGAGAUCAACCAGCUACAGCCGUACGAGUUUCGCGUGUUCGACAUAAAACACGCUCAUCCACCUCCAAAUCUCUCUCUCACCAACGACCUCGAGAAACAGCCAAAUGACCGCGCCGACACCACCACCACCACCACCACAGCAGAACCCCCCGACGAAGUCAUCAACGUCCCCCUAAAGCGCGCCUGCGCCCUCAACCUCGUAAUCAUCGCCUCAGUACUAAUGACAGCCGGCCUCUUCGCCUGGGCCGGCAGCAUCGGCGACGGGGUCGCCAUGAUCGCCAUCGCCACGAUGUCGCUCUCCACGAGCCUCGCGUGCCUCUCCUCCUCGUGGAAACCCGUCCUCUCCGCACGCCCCACCUCCGCAGAGGUCCCACCCGGCGACAUCGUGAUCAGCACGCGCAACCGCGCAAUGGUCGUCGUGCACUGCACGGAAGAAAUCACGCGCGAGCUCUACAGCGGCACCGAAAACUGCCGGUACCGCCUCAGCGACCGACCUCACCGCGCCCUGCUAGGAACCAGCACGGUGCUGCUCAUGGCCUCCGUCGUCCUCUUCAGUAACUGCGGCUGGACGAUGCAGACCGCCAUCGGGGUGUCCUACAUGAUCCUCAACAUCCUGUACUGGGCCGUGCCGCUGCUGAUGGACCGGCGCGACACGUGGGAUAUGAGCCGGUAUGUGAUUGAGCAGCGCGGGCCGGCGUUCCCGCCGUCGCUGAAGAAGCCGAAUUUCACGCAGACGCUGUGGUAUGCGGUGCAGGAGACGAAGUGCACGGAGUGGGUGGCGACGGGCAAGUUGGCGCCUGUGUCGCGUUGGUGGGAUCGGUGGCUGGAGGAGGCGCUGGAGAAUUGUGAGAAUGUCGCUUGGGACCCGGUGGACGCGAAGGAUCGCUGGAUGGCGAUGGGGGUGCAGACUUCUAAGGAGCAGAUGGCGGCGGCGACGACUCGUCGGCAGACGGCGCCUGCUUUGGUGGGGGGGAGAAGAAAGAUGCCCCGCACAGACGAAGCCGAACACUGGUUCAACGCCGUCUACGCCGCCGUCCAGGAGAUCCCAGCUGGCAAAGUGACCUCCUACGGCCACAUCGCGCUACUCCUGGGAGAGCCAAAACGCCCCCGCCAAGUGGGCAUCUGCCUCAAACACCUGCCCGGCUCGGACUCCGACAAUUACUUCCACGCGGGGAAUGUGCCCUGGCAGAGGGUGGUUAAUGCGAAGGGGAUGGUGUCGCAUCGAGGACCAGGCAGCGCCCAACGCCAAGCCGACGCGUUGCGCGAAGAAGGCGUCGAUGUAGCGGAGGAUGCGAUGGGGGAGUUUUAUAUUGAUUUGGGGAGGUUUGGGUGGUUUCCUUCCAUGUUGGCUAGUGAGAGGGAGGAGAUGGAUAUGUCUGAUGUGGAUGUGGAUGAGAUGGAUGAAGCGGAUGCUGGGACGAGGGGAAUAGCUAGUUAG